UAAAUAUUAAACUUUAUGAGAUUAUUAAUUUACCCAGAUAACCAAAUCUGAAAAAGCAGAGUCCCACACAGCGGAUUCAUGGCCAACUGUGUCUGCAUUGGGCUUGUGUUUUGUAGACAGAAUCUGCUGAACAAAAUCUGACAGCAUAUUGGCGGCAGAAAAGCAGCAGAUCUGUGCAUCGAAUGCGGUCUCUGUCUGCGGAACGCAAGCUUGGUGCGGACACAGUAGGCUGUGACUUUGCUGUGGGAUUCUACUUUUGCAGGAGGCAGAUGUUAAAAGCAUUGGCGGCUGAACAAAGUACAACGGUAUCUAACGAUACUAACGACGAAUCUGUCAGUUGUCAGGAUUCCAUGCAAUUACUGCCCGACUCGAUGGAUUCGACGUUCAGUACUGGAGAUACACUGUGCUUACAGCCAAUAUCAAUAAUUAAAGCAUGAGCCUAAAGAUGAUACUCUUGUCAUCGAAAAAAACAGGGCCUUGUAGAUACUGAUCGUAUCUUACAGCAUGAGCCUAAAGAUGAUACUUUUGUCAUCGAAAAAACAGGUCUUGUAGACACUGAGCAUAUCCUACAGCAUGAGUCUGAAGAUGAUACUCUUGUCAUCAAAAAAACAGGUCUUGUAGACACUGAGCAUAUCCUACAGCAUGAGUCUGAAGAUGAUACUCUUGUCAUUGAAAAAACAGGCCUUGUAGAUACUGAACGUAUCCAGCAGUAUGAGCCUAAAGAAGAUGGCAUUAUAAAUAUAUCUUUUUUUUCAUGAAGAACUGCACCGAACAUUUGAUAAUCACGCGCGAGGAAUUGAGUGCCAAUUUAAAGACUGGAAGCUCGUAAAUACUCGUCAUUGUGGAUUUAGAACGCAGUUCUUUUACAAAUGUAAUAUGUGUCAUUACGAGGCAAACUUUUGGUCACAUCCAAAAGAUGAAAAAACUAUGGACAUUAACACUGCUAUUACAGCUGGAACCAUUACUACUGGAAUUGGUUAUGCCCAAAUGGAAGAAAUGUUUGCAGCUGCAAAUGUGCCGUGUAUGUCUCAAAAAACAUAUAUAAAAAAUCGAGAAGUAGUUCUCGAAGAAUUUGAAAAAACAGCCUUUGAAAACAUGAAAAAGGCAGGCGAACUUGAAAGGCAACUCGCUGUUGAAAGAAACGACGUAAUAAAUGGCUACGCGUGCAUACCCGUAGUAGCAGACGGCAGUUGGU